CAACUUGCCCGCCCGCUGCUCUGGGCCCGGAAUGCGGUGGCUGCUUGAUUACACCACUGCUUUGACGAGCCUGAGCCGUUGCUGAGGAGGGUUCUGUUCUGCGAUCUAGCUUUCACUGCGCGUGCUCCGCAACUACACAUACAACCCUUCAAAUCACUUCUACCUCUCUCCCUCCGCCUACUCUUCUUUCCCUACCUCUACUAUCGCCCUCCCUCUCCCUAGCCGAACGCAACCAUGGCCACCAACCCACUCUCCACCAGCACGACCACAAUCGCCCAACUCGAAUCCGCCCGCAACCUCGCGCUGGGCGACGCGCGCUACUACAAUCAAAUCCUACUAGGCAUCCUGCCCCUGAUAUCCGGCGCAAAUAUCCCGGUAGAGCUGCAAAGAUGGGGCGCCGAUUUCAUUGCGGAGGCGUUUGCGAAUCCGGUACUCCUUCCGGGGGACAAACAGACGAUGGCGAUUGAACCGUCCAAGGAUGCGCAGAACAUGACAGUAAUUGAAGCCCUAAAAGGAUACCUGGAGACGAGCCAAGACGCGGCUGUCGUGCGGAGUGUGGUGCAGGCGGCCGCGAGCGUGUAUCCGCUUGUGUUCAGGCAUACGAUAGUCAAUCCCUCCGAUACGCAGAAUUGGCAGGUCAUGGCCGCAAUCAAGUCGAACAUACUGCGCAGGAUGGACUCGGCGCCGCCGGGCGUCAGGAUCUGCUGUAUCAAGUUUGUGCAGCGCGUCAUUCAGGUUGAGACGCCGGGCUUGAUUUCGGAUCCGAGACGUCCUGAGCAGAAUGAGAUUUCUCUCGCUCUCGUACCGCGCGAUCAUCCGCUGCUACAAUUGCCGAAUCUGGAGGCUGAGGCGUCGGGACUUCUGGAUCGGCUGCUCGACAUACUGCAGAGUGAUAUCAGUGAUGCACUCCUGGUUACGGCAACGCUGAAUUCUCUGGGCACGUUGGUCCGCUGUCGACCCGUCAUUGCAAACAAGAUCAUCUCGGCAGUUCUUAACUUCAAUCCGUUCAAGCUUGCGAAUUCGCCCCUUACUUCCAAGUCGAAAGUCAUGAUGAAGGCAAUGGAGCGUACGGGGCGGGCUCUGCUCGUGAACCUCAUGAAGAGGGAACCUGGGAACCCCUUCAACGCCCGAAUACAGCAAUAUGUGGAGCGCAUGGCCCGUCUGCGCAUCGAGGUAUUAGACGAUACUAACCGCAAGCGCCCAGCACCUUCAGAGCCCACGGAUGGAUUCGAUCCAUCCAAGCGACCGCGUCUCGAAGCCCAUGGCCAAGUGGUGGGUGCACCACCGCCAGGCCCAGUCAGCUUUGCGGACCUCUACACUUUGACCCAUGAUGCGGGAGCCAAGAGCUUCGAUGUCCAAGUGAUUCCAAUUGACACGGUGGUUCAGAUCAUUGUGCCAAUGUUGAUGCGGAUCGACAAAGGGAAGAUGGACGAUGCGAUUAACACCGUCCGCGCUCGCCUAUUGACCCUCAGCAAAUUACCCCCACAACCCACUGCUUCCCUCUCCGGGCCAGACGACGACGACUACGAACCCGAUUUCGCGCCGCGUGAAGAUGCCGAACAACUCUCAAAUAAGCUCGCCAAUGCGCCCCCCGAAGGCCUCGAUGUCCCCCCCUCCACCUCUCUCGCCCCUUUCAAACUCCCCCAAGCACCCCCUAUCACCGAAAAAGAACUCGAGGACUACGGGAACUCAACCAUCCGCCGCGUAUUUGACACCAUGAAUGCGCUGUCUACCCCCGCGAAGAAGACGAAGCCGGGCUUCAAUCGAUGCGCGGCGAGUAGCUAUGACCGCGAAGCGUGGAUGACGAUCAUCGCGCGCCUAGCGACGCGAGCAGGGAUCGGAUUAGGCGACGAAGAGGAGGACGAAGUCGCCUAUGCUGGUGGACCAGUCAAGAUUAAAUCAGAGGGAAAGCGGGUCUUAAAGAGCGGCUGGAAACUCAAUGAAGCAAUCCGCGAGAUGCUAUAUCAACACAUCAUGGCCGACUGGCGGCGACGGAUCGAUUUCGCGACCAGCUGGCUGAGCGAGGAGUGGUACAACGACCGAAUCUCUGGCGACUUCUUCGCCGCGCAGACCAGGAAGCUGAACGGCAAUGGGAAUGGGAGUACGGCGGCGACCACGCCGCAGACGCCGAAUUACACGAAGUGGGUCCUUAAGCUGCUGGAUAGCAUGCUGCCGUAUCUAGAGUCUAAUGAUAAGGGCAUUAUUCGCUUCUUGUCGGAGAUCCCGGCGAUUGACGAGCAGAUCCUGACGAGGGUGAAGCGUAUUGCGGAGGAUCCGGAGAGGGUGGGCUUGACGGUGAAUGUGCUACAUUACCUUAUUUUGUUCCGGCCGCCGGUCAGGGAGAUGUGCGUCGGGGCUGUGGAGGAUCUGUGGCGGAAUUAUGACGGUGCGAAGACGAGCACGCGGAAGCUACUCCUGAAAUGGCGGCCGGAGGUUCUGCAAGAAGAGCUGGUGAAGGCUGAAAAUGCGAAGGUGAAUGGGGAGGCGUUGGGGGUUGGUGGACCGGUCGCGGCUCAGGAUGAGAUGAAGGCGUAAAGGAUUAGCGUCAGAUAUCUGGGUGCAUUCAAGAUGGGGCCGGGGAAAUUCGCCAUUCGACGCUGAUUCGGAUCGCGUCGGCUGCGAGGGAUGCAAGCUCUCUGUAUGCAUAGAUGCAUCAGGUGGAUGCCAUGGGUGUUACUGGUCAGGGGAACGGGGUUUGUAAGAAUAGUAUCGGAUGCUAGGCCAUACAGCGUCUAUGCGGCUGCGGGGGAGGCUGUUCCCGGAACUCCGCUAAGUUGGAAUGGCCACAGGGAUUGGCAAUGCGUACACAGUAGAUCCAAACAUAAUCAGCUGGAUUCGAAC